CGUCUGACAGAUUUGAAACUUGCCGCCGUUGAUAUUGCGACAUUAUUUGUAGCCUACGUUCCCUAAUUUCUGCUGAUUUUGAGUUUUUAUCGACGACUUCUGCCUGCCCCUGGAUUUUGUAGUACCCGCAUCUCACGACGACCACCAUACAUCUACUCUACAUUCGGAAAAUUGCACGCCUUCACGACGACUUAGCUCACGUAUUUUUGGACAACGAUUCUGGUUUUCUCGACGACCCUUGCACUACCCUUUGGACUACUUGCUCCCACCGACGAUUAUCACUUGAAAAUAAGGAUAAAAUGGCUAUUAUCAAUGACCGAAAUGCUUCCUAUCCAUUGGUUCACGAUCCUAAGUAUUACAGGGACGAAAUGAGAUGCUUUGUCCCAUCGUGCAAAAAAUAUCGAAGGGACAAUCCCUAUUUAAGUUAUUUGCGUGUACCGCAGUCUCUUAAAGAAAUAUGGUGUGAAGCUUUGGAAAGAACUUGCCCAAAGAUGCCAUUGUAUGUCUGUGGAGAACACAUAAACGUUGAUGAAGAUUGCUACAAAGUUAAAAGUGGAAUGCUGAGAUUAAAAAGCACAGCAAAUUUGACAAUCGUAAGGACAUAUUUUGAUGAUACUGUAAUGGACAAUGCUGGUUCAGAAGAAACAAUAGAAAUGGUACCUAUAGCGUCUGCAGAGGAUGUUCAUGGAUAUCCUUCUCAUAAGCGAGAUGCUGCUACUCAAUGCAAAAUUGAUAAAAGACAUAAGGCCGUUUCCGCAAAACCAGCUGUGCGGAGCAUUGGCUGUACCGCAAAUAUAAAAGAAGCCUCUGGAACUAGAAAGCUUAUACAGAGUCCGCUCCAACAGUCGUCUUCCACAACAACCAGUGGUACCUCAACCCCAACGUCCUCAACAAUGUAUGAAGUUUCCAGCCCGUCGACUACUUCAAGCGAUAAUGAAAACGUCAAAAAAGAUUUAACUGGACGUGAACACAUGUUAAAGAUAAUAAAAGAAAAACCAAAGAAGUACAUAGGAAUCCCAAAACCAUUUUAUUGGUUGGUGGAAUUCUUGGCAGAAAAUUGUGCUCUACGAGAGUUACAUGUCAUUGUCUGCCUUUUUAAAAUAAAAUAUAAUGAUGAUAUAGAAAGAAUAUGUGACCAUUUCAAUUUCAGUGAAGUAACGGUAAUAGAAAUUUUCAAAAUGGGCAUGCCAAAGCUGGCUACAUUCUUACAAAGUUAUAUUAACUUGCCAGAAGCGACAAUGAUAAAAAGAACACUGCCUCCAGCAUUUAAAGCCAGGUAUGCGAAUGUACAAUGUAUAAUUGAUUGCUUCGAGAUACAAAUAGAGAAGCUUUCAAAUCCCGUGCAUCAGUCUGGUACAUACUCACAAUAUAAAUCAUGCAACUCGCUAAAAUAUUUGAUAGCAUGUUGCCCAAACGGAUUGAUUUGUUUCAUUUCCAAAGGAUAUGGAGGAAGAACAUCAGACAAGUCCAUUACGGAAAGUUGUGGUUUCGCUGACAUUCUUCCUCCAGGGGCUGUUGUUUUAGCCGAUCGAGAGAAAACGUAUCAAAUUGUUACAGAAGAAAAAGAUAAGAUUAUUAAAGUAUGA